AUGUGUGACUUUGCCAAAAACUACUACAUCUACACAUCCUGCAUGGAUCCCGGGACUCACUUUUGCAAGACCUCCACCGAUGGAAAUAAAAAAAAGGCCUGUCCUAAGGGACCCCAUGAGCGCUACAUCGUGUUGCCCGAAACCUGCCCACUAUGUUGUGGCUGA